GGGAUUACAUUACUCCUUGAUUCAUACAUAAAAGUGAUCGAAUGACAGCAAUCAUGAAAGGUAGAUUAAGGUAUCGUUAUCUUUUUUUUCAGUUGUUUUACGCCAAAAGACAAUUCUCAAACAUCUAUAAUCUUUAUCGGUUAAUGGUUUAUGUUUCAUUUUACUUUUUAAGCCUAAUUUGGUCACACAGUAUGACGAUUCUAUUCGACAACAAAAUAUGCAACAUUUAUCGAAUACUCAUAUAGCAGAAAAUAAUAUGGUUAGUAAUUCAUUACAUCAGUCGAGACCGGACCAUGUACAGUCUCGUAAGUAUUUAAAAAUUGCAUGGUUAUAAGUGUAUAAAUUUUGAUUCAGGAUUAUAUGUAUGUACUUAAAAGCCUGGAGUUAUACAACCGUAGAUAUGCAACAUUACUCAUGCCUUAUUUUUAAUUGGUAAGACGAAGUGUUCAAAUGAGAUAGUUCAAUUCACAAGUAGAUUUAUCACCUAAAUUCUCACAAUUCUCUUGAAAAUAGUUUCAAAUGUCAAGUUCCCCCUUGACGCAAGUAACUUUUUGUUGUACCUGUGAAUAAGAAUCUCACUACAAAACAACCAUUUUUUUAACAAGUUAAAUAAAACGUGGUUCAGAUGUUUAUAUUGUAUACUAUAGUAAGGUCAUGAAAUAUUCGAUGUGAAAAUCGUUUACAAUGUGACUACGACGAAGUAUUAGCUAACCGCUUUCUUCUUACAAAAUAAGUAGUACAUAUCAGUAAGAUAACCCAGUCGAAGUUUGUGUAGAUUUCAAAUAGUCGUAUAGUUAAUGGAAACGUUAAAUAAAAGGCAUCCACAGAUAACCCCAAACAUUAUGACUCAAUAAGCGUUCAUCUUUGUUGGGGUCAAGCUGCAAGCGGUAUCGACAGCUGAUUAGAUAUGAAAUGCCAUGUAUUUAUCUGUUAACCAACAAUGACUAUGCAGUAGCCGACCGUAUUCUGUCUCCUGUCGGCAUAAAACCUCAGCUGCUAAUCUUCCCUCAUGAGCUCCAAAAACUUUCCUUCAAAGUUAGUCUUAUAUCCCAUUUCUAAUCAGUAUAGUGCUAUUGCUAAUCCAUUUUCGAGCUUCUUAAGUUCUUCUGAGAAUUUCAAAGUUUUUCUUUGCCAUGGCAUUUAGCUCCCACCACCCUACUUAUAUGGUGACUUACUUCAUAGACAGUCUUGUUUUCACUCUUUUGAUAUCCUAUACUUCACUUUCAGUAAUAUCUAUAGCAUCACUACCUUGGAUAUAAACUUUUUAUCAUGCAUAUUUAGAAUCUUUCUUAUCCUUUCUGAAGUUUCUUUAGGAUACGCCAUGACUUCAGUGUUUUUUCAUUCCCUAGGUGAACACUCUAAUUUAGCUUUUCUUUCAUUUUUACUAUGAUGAUUUAUUGGUCGUAUAUAUCGGGCAUACUAGAUACCAAAUCGAAACAAAACUGGUUUUCAAAGUUAUUUAUAGAAUUCCAUUGCGCUCGCCCCGUGAUUCCUUAAAUCGUAUUUUUACGCACAGAAGAAGCUAUAGAAAUACACAAAUAAAUUUAAUCUUUGUAUACAAGAAACGUUUGUGCAACCACACAAUUUACUCUGACCUUCUACUUAAUUAUAAAUAAAUAAUAUAUUUUUAAUAUCCCAAAUCAUACCUUGGUAACGAUACUUACUUCUACUUAAUUAUUCUUACUUUUCUCAAAAUUUUUUUUAAUUUUGUCUAAUUUUAAUUUCUAAUCCUAUUUUUACUUAAUCCGUUCUCAUAAUCUGGCUGUGUAGUUUUUAUGCCAUCCGUUUUACUAGCUACUUAUAUUUUAUGCUUACAAAUAACACUAAACAUUCAUAUUCAAUUGCUUAAUUUCAAGCUUACUCAAUUCCUUCCACUUUAUUCUUACGUAACUAGUGUUGCAGUAAGUCGCAUAUUUUGUAAUUUUAUGUUUUAAUUUUAAUUUCGUAUCAGUCAAGUUACGGACUACUAUCUUUGGAGAAAAUAUUGAUAUUGUCAAGCGGAUCACUAUUUAUUUAGUAUUGAUUUUAUACUUAAUCAUAAAACCAAAACUUCAUGACAAGUUAGAAUUUUUAACAGGCAGCACAGUAUAAUACAAAUUUGUGAAUUACGUUUUCCUUGUGUAGUCUAAAUGCUGAUCCAUAACAUAUACACUGCCUCAGUUUAGCAAACUUUUCAGUUGUACAGAGGGAAAACUCAAUAAAAAUAGUUUAUUAUUAAACGGACAAGUAUGAAAACGAUAUCGAACAAAGAAAAAAUGGGUAAUUCUACAUUAUUUCGACAAGAAAAUCGGGAUAGACAGUGUGAUACAAUCUGAACAAUUUUUCUUUUCUCUUAAUAAACCAAAAAGCUAGAUGGUUUUUGUUGUGCCGUCGUUAUAACCAGUCUCCUUAUAAUCCAUAAUCUCAACUUGUAUGAUAAUUAAAUUCACUAAUUAUGGCUAUUCCGUGUCAUAAUUAAUCAUAAUUAGCUUAGUGUAAAGUAAGUUUGCAUGUUACUCCCACUGUAUACGUUGUUUUGAGUAGUCUCCUAUUUUAACUUAUGCUCCUUACUAUCUAAUUACUUCCUGACAAGCAUAAUUCACUUAUCGAUAAGGGUUUUUUAAGUCAUCCUAAUUCUUGUGAAAAUCCUUUUCCUUUUUGUAGAAUACUCACACACAUGUAAUAUCAACUCAACAAAAUCCCUUGUUAUAACAAGUCGUCCUGUUGGCGGUCUCUCCUAUUCUCGAACAACAACACGUUUAGGAACAGCAUUUCAAAGCAAUUUAACUGUUCCAACUAUAGUUGAAGAAGAAGAAGAAUAUUCGGUAGAUUCUGAAAGACAACUUCCGAAUUUGCCGGAAUAUGAAACAGAACACCAAUUUAUCGACAUGUUAAAGUCUAGAACUAAUCCUGUGCUUAAUAAUAAUAUUGAUAUUAAUGAAGCAAAUGAAGAAGAUUAUCCACUUCUACGUAAAGAUUAUGUUUUGGAAAAAGAUCAAACAUCUGUCCAAAAAUGCGGUGUACUACAUGUGAAUACAAUUAAUAAUGAUAAAUGUAAUCCUAGUUCAAAUGAAUUACACUUGUCUAAUCUUCAAUUUCAUUCAAAUGAUAAUCCAUUAAUAACAAAUAACCAUUCUAUUCGUGGUCUACCUAAACCGGAUGUAAUUCGUUGGCUUGAAAAUACUCGUGAUGCUACUAUGAGUAAUAAUUGUCAAGUUAUAAGUAAAUCUGGUUUAUCACAUCUUUCAUCAUCUGCAUCAUUAAAUCAAUCAGAUUUCAAUACAGAUGAUCAUCAACCAAUUAAUGAAGUACCUGAAAAAAUAUCUUUGAAUAUCAUUGAAUCACCUUCAGUGAAUAAAUCUCAGGAAUCAAUAAAUAGUAAAGACUCAGUAGUGACAAUUCGUCUGAUAAAUACUAAACGUGGUGAAAAUUUAGGUAUACAAAUUAAACCUGUCUUUUCGGAUGUCUUUAACUCUAACAAUGAUAAUUGUUCAGAUAAUAAUAGCGGAUCAAGAAUUGAAUGUGGUCUUGAAGUUCAUUGUAUUUUACCGAAUGGGCGUGUAGCACGUGAGCAAUGUUUAUCUGUUGGAGAUCGGAUUUUAAGUAUUAAUGGAAUUUCAUUAAGCGGUAUACCAUUUGAAAAGGGUCGUGAUAUAUUUCAAGAGGCAUUAAAUGAACCAGAAAUAAUACUUCGUGUACUUCCUCAUUCAGCCUACCAAUACAGUUCUUCACUAUCUAUACAAAACAUUGAUAAAAUAAACAGGACAACUACAGAGAAAUCAGAGAAACCUUCAUGUGGUCUAAUUGUUAUCGUAUCCGAUCCAUUGUCUAAAGCUAAAGAAGUUGAAAUAAAAUCUAAUUCAAAUCAGUUAAAACCUAUACCACCACCACCACCUCGUCGUUCUCCCAACACUGUAUUAACUCGUAUUCCAGAAGGAAUUAUUAAACCAUUAAUUGACGAAUUUUUAAAAGAGAAAAAACAACAAGAAAAUAAUAAUAAUCAAUUACCAUCAUCACAAGAAUUAACAAAAUCUGUUGUCAACUCAGAAACAAAUAUUGUUAAUAAUAGUGAUGAUUUGCACACAUUUACUUAUCAUACAAUUCAUUUAUGCAAAGGUUCUAAUGGAUUGGGAUUUAGUUUAACUAGUCGUGAUUCAUUGACAUCAUCGGGUCAAAAAGUUAUCUGUGUGAAAAAUAUACUACCAGGUGGAGCAGCUCUAAUCGAUGGCCAAUUAAAACCUGGUGAUCUUCUAAUGAAGGUUGAUAAUAUUGAUGUGAAUGAAAUUGGUCAAGCACAAACUGUUGCAUUAUUACGAAGUAAACCUGUAAAUACUUUUGUUACUUUAGUUGUCAAACGAUCAAGAAAUAAUUCCCAUAAUGCAGAUAUCAAUAAUAAUAAUAAUAAUAAUAAUAAUAAUAAUAAUAAUAAUGACCAUAAUCUUGAUCAAGCAUGUCUACCUGAUUUGAAAACUAUGCAACCAUCUGUUAUCUGUACAAUAGCAUCAAGUUGUUGUAUAAAUACUGUAAAUGAACAACCAACAAAAUCAAUAUUAUCUUCAAUAUCCUCAUUACCAUCAACAUCACAACUAAUAACACAACAACAUAAUGAAAGAGUGAUUGUGGAACAACCAUCUAGUCAUGAUAUAAAAAUACCUGAUAAGCUACCCGAAUGGAAUUGUUGUUCAUCCGACAUCUCUCAAAAACUCCAUCCCCUUCCACCUUCACAUCCUUCAUAUAAACUUCAUGAAAUCGAUUCAUCUCACUGGUCAAUUUAUUUAUUGAAUAUACAUUUACCUUUGACAAAAGUCAAUGAAUCCGAUAAAAUUACAAAAAUACGACAAUAUACAGAUUCUACUGUACAUCAAUCAACAGUUAAACGAUAUACAGGUAAUCCUGUCACCUUAGGUGUAAGUGUAUCAGUAAGACGCUUGUCAAAUAAUUUGUGUGUUAAUAGCAAUGAUGCCCUUAGUGGUGGACUCAGUAGUUCUACUACUGCUACUGCUAAUACUACUGUUACUGUUAAUGAAAAACAUUCAAGUGUACAAAUUGAUAAAACUAAUGAUUCACAAUGGAAUGCUGUCUUUGUAAGAACUGUAAUUGAUGGUGGUCCUGCUUAUCAAGAUGGACGUUUACAAGUUGGUGAUCGUUUAUUAACUAUAGAUGAUCAAAAUUUAUCUGGAUUAUCUACUACUGAUGCACUUAAUCGUCUAAAAUCUGUUAUUGCAAAAGAUUUGAAUGAAUCUCCUCAUCCAUGUGUUCAUCUUUUGAUUGCUCGACCUCGGGAUGGAAUUGAUCCAGAUAAUUCUUAUACAAAUUCUAUGGAAAAUAAAAGUGAGAAUGCAAUGAAUAAAAUCACCAGUUCUAAUCAGCGUAAAUCUUUCUCGGAAGUGGCAACAAAAGAAUCACAUAAUGAUAAUAGUGCUAAUUCAAAACCGCUACUAGUCUCUGCUGUAGUACACUCAUCGGAAUCUGUUUCAAUGGCCGGGGGGAAUUCACAUGAUUCAUGUAAUCCACCUGGAAAAUACUCUUUAUCAUCUAAUCAUCUUGCUGUAACCAACUUAUCACCGUCAUCAUCGUCACAACAUCUACAAUCACAAAAACAAUCCACCAAUCUCUCUAACACCUCUUAUCCUCUCUGUCUAAUUCAAAAUUCUCAGUCCAGUGAAGAAAUGUCAAAAACUUUGCAUUUAAAAUCAAAUACUUAUAAUUCUACUGUAAAUGUCGAUAAUUCCUAUGCAAAUACUACCAAAUCUGCUUCUUCAUCAUUAUUAAUAUGUAAUACAAAGACUAAUGUAAACAACGAUGAAAAUAUUGAUGUCAAUAGGACUAAUCAUCAUGAUGAUGCUAAUAACUGUAAUACUGUUACUAAUUCCCUCAUUAUUAAUAAUAGUUUUCAAUGUGAUUCAAAAACAGUUAACAUUGAUUAUUGCGCGGUGAAAAAAGUUCAAAUCCCUGUAACUUCCUGCUCAACUCUUAAACAUUUAGAUUCCAUUCCUUCAUCUAAUUUAAAUGGUAAAUCUGAGCAUAGCCAUCAUCAUUAUCGUCGUCGUCAUCAUCACUAUCGCGAUAAUGAAAAAUUCUAUCUUAAUUCAAAGAGCUGUUAUAGUAAUUUAGAUCAAGAUUCAAAAAAACGAUUAUCGAAUUACUCAUCGUCAUCAACAGAAAUAUUAUGUAAUUAUCAACAUAAUUUAUGUAAAUACCGAUCGAAUGAUAACAUUGUUAUUGAUGAUGAUCAUGACAGUGAUGAUGAUAUGGAUCGUGAUAAGUCAUCGAUGAUAUGUUAUCAAUACUUAACAGAUGAUUCCGAUUUGAAUUAUGAUGCUACUCCUCCUCUGUCGGAUCCUGAAACUGAACGUUAUAGUUAUAAAUUAGAUUUACUCAGUGAAUUAAGUCUUUCUUCAGUCUCUGGCGCUGCUGGUGACCAAAUAUUAAAUAUGAAUAUUCAGAAAAAUCCAAUAACCAAUAAAUCCACUUUACAUAAAUGUUACUAUACACAUGGUAAAUAUUUAAUUGAUAAGAAAUGUAAAUAUCGUGUUGUAUAUCGUCAACCGAGAAUAGACUUUAGUCAAAUGGUACUUGUACCAUUUGAUCCAGCCUCAUGGAAUGGUCCAGUGUUAAAACCGAGAACAGCGUUGAACUCAGAAGAACUACAACUUAUUGUCGAUAUGCCGAAUUCAUUUUCUUCUUUACAAAAUAAUAAUAAUCAUGUUGAACAACAACCUGAUAAAAAUAUAGAAAGAAGAGGGCAUGAUUCCGUUGUUGAUGUUGAUAGUAUGUGUAAUAAACAAAAUGCAAAAUGUAUCGAUAAUGAAACUGUUCGUGUGAGAAAAACACAUCCAAAAACUGUAAUCAGUAAAUUAUUCAGUCUAGUUAAAACAACUACUCAUCGACGUACUAUUGGUGAUCAGAAUACAAUAUCAGAUUUCGAAAAUAAUACAGAAUCUCAAUUACCUACAGAUGAUAACGUUCAAACAAUCUUAUCUAGUGAAAAUGUUAAUGAUAUUGAAAAAAGAAAUAAUUGUUUAAUCAAUUUGCCAUAUAAUACAAAUACACUUUCAACCAUGCAAAAUAAUUUAUAUGUAGAAAGUUCAGCAAAGAAUUUGCUUAAACCUCAAUCGGAUCAGUCAAUCGACUUACAACUUUGUGCAAACAACAAAAUUACUAAUCCUAUCGAAAGAUCAUCACGUUCAUCUUGUUAUGCAACACUUCAUGAAAGACUUGAACCUCCAAUCCAUAUCUAUGAUACUGCACAUAAUAUUCAAAUAAAUAACACUAAUGAUCACAAAUCUGAUUUAUCGAAUCCAAGUAAUGAACAAGUAACAUUACUAGAUGCGAAAUAUCCCUCUUCUUUUGCACCUCAGUCUAAUAUCAUUCAAACAACUACAGAAAAUGUGGUUGUAAAUCAACCUGAAGAUACCAGUUUAACACAAUUACAAACAACAAAGUAUGCUGAUUUAUCGUUUUUACCAAAUUCAUCUUUAAAUAGUCCGUUAUCAUGUAUGCCAUUAUUAUUGACAGAUACCACAAGUCAGUCACUCCACAAACCCCUUCUGAUAAUUAAAGAGUUAACAAGUCAACAACAACAGCAGUCACAACAUCGUUCCAUCUCUUCUUCUAACCAACAUCAUCUCACUAGUUUAUCUAAAAGUGCUGUGAAUCGUCUGUAUGAUAUUGAAAUCAGCUCAUGUUCAACUGCUUAUGAAUCAGUUAUGGAGUAUACACCAACUUGUGAUGAAGUUACUUCCAAACAGAAAACAACCAGAGAAGUUUACGAAGAUGCUGAAGUAUUAUAUCGACACUUAUCUGAUUUGAAACAAUCAAACAAUUCUGAUAUACAAACAACAGUAAUAGAUUCAUCUCAUUAUCAUUAAUAAUUUUUUUUACAAUCUUCAUAUACAUACAGUUUGUACACAAAUUAUUAGUUCUCUGAAUCAAAAAUAUUAUCUGUGUAUGUGUAUUGUCACAAAAACAAUAUACCUUAUAAAAUUCUAUAUUCAAACAUCACUUCCUAAUUCUUUCUACAUUCAACUAUCUAUAUAUUUAUUGACAUUACUCUCGUUAGUACUGCGAUUACUGUUUAUUAUUAUUAUCGUGAUAAUUAACACAUAUUCUUAAUCAUUAUUCAAGAGACAAAAAUAUAAGAUUCUGUGAUGAUGGCGAAUACCUAAUAAGCAUAACGCAAUUCAACUUAAUGCUUAUAUGUUAAAUGUGAUGAUAAUCGUUUUUAUGCAUUUGUUUUGUGGAACAUAAUGGGAUUUAUACAGAAUAGAAAUAAUAAUGCUACAAAAAAAGAUUAAGGUAGGCAGGGUUCGGUAAUCAAUGUGGAUUCAUAUGUUAUAUGCAUUUCAUACAUUUUUGUCCCGUUAUCCUAUUAUCAUUAUUUUUCUUUUAUUAUUACUAACUUCAUCACUAAAAAUAUUUUAGCAUUUAUUAUCUUAAUUAUAAUGAUAAUGACGAUCACUAUCAUUAUUAAGAAAGAAUAUUCUUUCAACUGUUUUCGUUUCUAUGCACACCUCCUACAAACGAACCAACCACCAAGACACGUGACUGUCUACAAUGGUCGGGUAGAUUUGUUUUCCUUUUUCUCUUUUGAUAGUUGUAUUUUCACGGCUAAAAGUGCAACUUUGAUAAUAAUAAUAAUAAUAAUAAAGAUUAGAACAAUGAAUAACCUUGUCUCGUAAAAAGAAAUUGACGUAUUAUUUGUGAAAAAUUCUCUAAAACAUUUUUUUCCAAUGUGAAUAAGAGGAUGAUUGAUGAUAGCGAUAUGUUAUGUUGUAUCAGAAAGUGCUGUGAUUCUUUUAACUUAAAAUUACAUUUAACAUUAUUAUCACUUUUCGUAUCUUCCGUUGACGUGAUCAGAAUUACACAAAAGCCAACUGUAAACUAUUAAUAUACCAUUAUAACUCGCAUUUCACUCUCCAUUAUACUUCAUGAAAUGUUUGUAAUUCUAUAUCUCUUCGUUUUUUGUUUUGUUUUCAAUAAGAUGAUAACCUCGCAUUUAUUUCACAACUAUGUUCUUUUAUAAUCAGCAUUUACUCUGACAUAUAUAUUUAACAACGAUGAUCUUAUUCAUACAUGACUUCGUUUACAGUUUUUUUUUGUGUUACUUUACAAUUUACAAACCCAAAAACUACUUGAAACUCAUAGAUUAAAAAUAAAGCAUUUGAUAAUUUUUUUUAUUUGUCUACUUACAUUUUACUGGUAAUAUAGUAUCUAAAUCAAUGUGAAAUUUGGAUACUGUGUAUUUUUGACCUGUAUUUCCAAAAGAAUUCUUCGACUUACAUUCCAAUGGUAACUUAAUUGUCAAGGAUUUUUAUACUGUACUUCCAAUUACGCUUGUGAUUACGAACGGCCACAUUGUUCAAGUGCUUAGGUCUGGUUGACUGUGUUAAUCUUUAUUUCCUUAUAUCCACCAAGGUAAGUUUCUUAAAAUGUUCUCAAUUGGAAUGGAAUAUCGGCUUCUUAAACACAAAAGGGAUGUCGCGAAACUAAAUUAACUACAUGCACAACAAAAUUUAGCAUAAUUGUUGUCUCAGUUGUUUGAAAUGAAAUGUACUCAUUAUCAAAGAUACACCAUACCUCUCAGCACACUUCGACAAUUUCUAGCUUCAUUGAGAUGCCAAUUUUCAUAAAAUAUUCUUUCUUUAAACACGGCAGCUUUUCUGAAACGCACUUUAACGAAAAAAGUCAAGUAGAGAGUAGACUGCAUUUUCACAUGCGCAGUCCUGAGCCAUACAUAUGUGGACUGGUGUCACUACCUAUGAAAGCCCACUAACCAUGGCAAUUCAUUUUGUGGAACAAAGGGAAGCUUAUGGAAUAAGUGAUUAAGAUUUUAUAGGUUCAUUCACAGACCGACAGUUGUAAACCACGAAGAACUAGUAACAACUCAUACAGCUAAAUAUCGAUAAAAAAAAACAAUAAAG